CUUGUGUCGCGGUGGGUUUCACAAAAAAUCAAAUCGCAUACACCAAGACGGACAUUCGAGGAUCACACAAACGCUUGUUCAUCGCUGUGAUUGAACCCGCGACACGCAAACAUUGGUGUGGUGACACCGCUUGGUUAUCCGUGCAGUCAAAGUACCUAGCAGUAUCAUUAAAUUGAGAAACAAAAUAGGUAUCCUCGAAUAUCAAGUCCUUACGCCCCUAGGGCGGCAAGAGAGUUGUGAAACAAAUCAGUGAAUGUUAUUAAAUGCGUCACUAUGUGACCUGUAAGGCCGCGAGCUUGUUCUACAACUAAUGCACGUGCUAGCAGGUCUAAUAUAAAAAGUUAAUCGGCCGCUUAAUAUCCAUCAUUCAUUGCUUGAUCACAAAAGUGAAACAAUCAAUUUUAGAAAUGUUCGCUAAAGUAGUAGCUCUGUGCGCUUUUGUGGCUGCUGCCCAGGCUGGUCUCCUGGCCGCGCCCGCUCACUACUCUCCCGCUGAAGCCGUCUCAUCACAGAGCAUCGUGCGUCACGACCAGGCUCACGCCGCUCCCCUCGCUAAGAUUGCCGUGGCUGCUCCCGUCACCUACCACGCCGCUCCCGUAUCCUACCACGCCACUCCUGCUCACUACUCGUCUGCCGCCGCUGUCUCCUCCCAGAACAUCGUCCGUCACGACCAGCCCGCCCAACACAUCGCUGUUGCCGCCCCAGUAGCCUACCACGCUGCCCCCGCCGUCGCCACCUACCACGCCGCCCCUGCCCCAGCUGUCUACCACGCCGCUCCCGCUCACGUCGCUUACCAUGCUGCUCCCGUUGUCGCUCAUGCUGAAGACUUCGACGCUCACCCCAAAUACGAGUACAACUACUCCGUUGCUGAUGGCCACACCGGUGACAACAAGUCCCAGCAGGAGUCCCGCGACGGUGAUGUCGUGAAGGGCUCUUACUCCUUCCACGAAGCCGACGGCUCCAUCAGGACUGUGGAGUACUCCGCUGACGACCACAGUGGUUUCAACGCCGUCGUCCACAACACCGCCCCCACAGCCGCGCCCGUCGUCGUCAAGGCCACCCCCGUCAUCCUCAAGGCUGCCCCCGCUCACUACUACCACCACUAAGCGUUAUUACUAGUCAUGGUGCUAUAACCAAAAUUCUGUCGAUAUAUAAUUUAUAACUAGUAUUAAAGCCAUAAUAUUGAUGGAA